AUCUUACUACGGUCACAUUGAGUCCGAUCAACGCGCUGAGCGAAACGCUUGUCUUAAAAAUUUUUGUUAUUUGCGAUUUACGGCCGCGAAGUGCCAGCGAUCUGCAUGCCAAGUGAUUAUUAACAGAAUAACCUAGUGUUGAAAUUGCCAAAAGAGCUGAAACUAAUUGUAUUCCAUGUUUCAACCGCGGCAGAAGAGCAACAAGUGGCAAAAAAGAAAAGUAACAACAACAACAAAAUAAGUACGAUAAAAUACACUGGAAGAAAAACCAAAGCCGACAGGCUACAAAGUGUUCAAAGAAUAGCGCGCAGCUUGUUUUUUGUGCCAGCGUCGCGCAAUAAAACAAACAAAAACCAGGGACCAAAAACAACAACCACAACAAAAGCCGUUUGAUCGCGAGUUAGUGUUGUGUGUGUGCUUAACUGUGUCUGUGUGGCAAGCCAUUAUUUUUCUGGUCUUAUGACGUAAACCACCGAAAAAAAUCAAAAGUGAGCAGGCGACACAGAUAUCAAAACGAAGAAUGUCUCGUCACGAGAAAACGAAAUCUUCGGGGGGCGGAAUCCUGGACAGCCUGUUUGGAAGGCCCUCGAAAUCGAAAGGCGGAACAAUCAGCAGUGGCACCUUAACCCAUGGCGGACGACCCGUAUCAGCGGAUAACUAUGUGGUGCCGGGCGUGGAGGACUUUGAGCAGUACAUCCAGCAACUGUCCGUUGCGGAGCUGGAUGAAAAAUUCCUGGAGAUUAUAGAGGAUAUGAAUAUACCCAAGGAUAAGCGGCAGCCCCUUUUGGCUAAAUCGAAGGAGGAGCGCCAGAAGAUGAUUAUGUGGCAUUUAAAAGGUAAAAACUCACUGGAGCGCAGCGCCAAUUCCCGGUUCGAGAAGCCCAUAGACUACGUGGAGUAUCUGCAGAAUGGGGAGCACAGCACCCACAAGGUGUACCAGUGCGUGGAAUCUCUGCGCGUUGCGCUCACCAGCAAUCCGAUCUCAUGGAUCAAGGAAUUCGGUGUGGCAGGAAUUGGGACGAUCGAGAAGCUGCUGGCCCGGGCAAAAAAGGAUGCCAACUAUGACAAGAUCGAGUUCGAGGCGAUUCGCUGCCUGAAGGCCAUCAUGAACAAUACGUGGGGUCUGAAUGUGGUGCUCAAUCCGGAUCAGCACAGUGUGGUGCUGCUCCUCGCCCAAUCCCUGGAUCCCCGCAAGCCGCAGACAAUGAGCGAGGCCCUCAAGCUCCUGGCCUCGUUUUGCAUCAUCUACGAUCGCAAUGGCUACGAGAAGGUCCUGCGAGCCAUUACCACCAUAGCAGCCACCUCCUUCAAGGCCAGCGAACGAUUCCGACCCAUUGUGGAUGCCCUUUUCGUAUCGGAUCAACAGGAUCCCAAGCGAGAGUUGGCCUGCCACAGCUUGAUCUUCAUCAACACUCUCACAAACACACCCACGGAUUUGAACUUCCGCCUCCAUUUGCGCUGUGAAAUCAUGCGAAUGGGUCUCUACGAGCGCCUGGAUGAGUUCACCAAGAUUGUGGAGACCAGCAACAAUGAGGCACUGCAGGCGCACUUCAAGAUCUUCAACGAGAUUCGAGAGGAUGACUUCGAUGAGUUUGUGCAGCGCUUCGAUCAUGUCACCUUCAAUAUGGACGAUGCCACCGAGUGCUUCGAUGUGCUGAAGAACCUGGUGACUGACACCACUUCCGAGCCCUACUUCCUCUCCAUCCUGCAGCAUUUGCUGUACAUCAGGGAUGACUUCUACUUCCGACCCGCCUACUACCAACUGAUUGAGGAGUGCAUCUCGCAGAUUGUCUUCCACAAGGGCUACUGUGAUCCGAACUUUGAGAACAGAAACUUCAAUAUCGACACCUCACUGCUGGUCGACGACAUUGUGGAGAAGGCCAAGGCCAAGGAGUCCAAGCGAUCGGAGGAGUACGAGAAGAAGAUCGAGCAGUUGGAGAGCGCCAAGCAGGAGGCAGAGGCCAAGGCGGCUCAUCUCGAGGAGAAGGUCAAGCUGAUGGAGGCUAAUGGUGUGGCGGCUCCGUCGCCCAACAAGCUGCCCAAAGUCAACAUACCAAUGCCGCCGCCCCCACCAGGCGGAGGAGGACCACCUCCACCGCCUCCACCACCAAUGCCAGGCAGAGCUGGUGGUGGACCACCGCCUCCGCCGCCACCACCAAUGCCCGGAAAGGCGGGAGGAGCGCCUCCACCGCCGCCAAUGCCUGGAAUGGGUGGCCCACCGCCUCCGCCGAUGCCCGGCAUGAUUCGCCCCGGCGGACCUCCACCGCCGCCCAUGAUGAUGGUUCCGGUGCUCCCGCAUGGCCUCAAACCGAAGAAGAAGUGGGAAGUGAAGAAUCCCAUGAAGCGAGCCAACUGGAAGGCCAUUGUCCCGGCCAAAAUGUCCGACAAGGCGUUCUGGGUCAAGUGUCAAGAGGAUAAGUUGGCCCAGGAUGAUUUCCUCGCCGAGCUGGCCGUAAAGUUCUCCUCCAAGCCCGUUAAAAAAGAGCAAAAGGAUGCGGUGGACAAGCCAACGACGCUGACCAAGAAGAACGUUGAUCUGGUUGUAUUGGACUCGAAGACUGCCCAGAAUUUGGCCAUCAUGUUGGGAGGAUCGCUGAAGCACCUGUCGUACGAACAGAUCAAGAUCUGCUUGCUGCGCUGCGACACCGCCAUUCUGUCCUCCAACAUUCUGCAGCAGCUCAUUCAGUAUUUGCCGCCUCCAGAGCAACUUAAGCGUCUGCAGGAGAUCAAGGCCAAGGGAGAUCCGCUGCCACCGAUUGAACAAUUUGCUGCCACAAUAGGAGAAAUCAAACGCCUUUCACCGCGCCUUCACAAUCUGAACUUCAAGCUAACGUAUGCGGAUAUGGUGCAGGAUAUAAAACCCGAUAUUGUGGCCGGAACGGCAGCUUGCGAAGAGGUGCGGAAUAGCAAGAAGUUCUCCAAGAUCCUGGAACUGAUUCUCCUGCUCGGCAACUACAUGAACUCUGGCUCCAAGAACGAGGCAGCCUUUGGUUUUGAAAUCAGCUAUCUCACCAAGUUGUCCAACACGAAAGACACGGAUAAUAAGCAGACAUUGCUGCAUUAUCUGGCUGAACUUGUGGAGAAGAAGUUCCCAGAUGCACUCAACUUCUACGAUGAUCUGUCGCAUGUGAAUAAGGCGUCCAGGGUCAAUAUGGAUGCUAUCCAAAAGGCAAUGAGACAAAUGAAUUCGGCGGUGAAGAAUCUGGAAACUGAUUUGCAAAAUAAUAAGGUGCCGCAGUGUGAUGAUGAUAAGUUUAGCGAGGUGAUGGGCAAGUUUGCCGAGGAAUGCAGACAGCAAGUGGAUGUGCUGGGCAAAAUGCAGCUGCAAAUGGAGAAGCUAUACAAGGACCUCAGCGAGUACUAUGCCUUCGAUCCCAGCAAGUACACCAUGGAGGAGUUCUUUGCGGACAUCAAGACUUUCAAGGAUGCCUUCCAAUCGGCGCACAACGACAAUGUGCGGAUGCGCGAGGAGCUGGAGAAGAAGCGCCGUCUGCAGGAGGCACGCGAGCAGUCUGCCCGAGAGCAACAGGAGCGACAGCAGCGUAAAAAGGCUGUGGUUGACAUGGACGCCGCCCAGGCGCAGGAGGGCGUGAUGGACAGUCUCUUGGAGGCCCUGCAAACGGGCUCCGCCUUUGGACAACGGAACCGACAGGCACGAAGACAGCGACCAGCUGGAGCGGAACGGAGGGCACAACUCAGUCGAAGUCGAUCGCGGACGCGUGUCACCAACGGACAACUGAUGACCCGCGAGAUGAUCCUUAACGAGGUCUUGGGCUCCGCGUAGAAAUUAUAAAACCAGGAAUUUCUAUCUGUACAUAUAUAAAUAGACAUCUGUAGCGUUCUAAGGGCCUAGGAUCAUAGCUGUGUACAUCUGUAAAUCCAUGUGUGUAGCCUUGUUUACAUAUCAACUCGAUUGGCGUGUCCAAGAGAUUUAAUGAAAAUUUGAAUAGAAGCAGGAAAAGUCCGAAAAAUAAUAAAUACUUGGAGCUAGUAAUAUGAGAAUUUUUAAAAUGCAUUGCUGAUAAACUGAGAUUUGUAACUUAAUCGUGAGAUGAAAUGACAAAUAAUCAGAUGAUUUUUUAAGUUGUUUUUAUAAAUGGUGGUAGUCAUUAAUUUCAGUUUGUUUAAUGUUUUAACAAUUUGACUUUAGUUUUUUAAAUAUAAUUUUGUAUUGCAAUUUAUGUACACCAAGCAAAAUUCAUGUAAUUAGAGUGAUUGGCAGGCCGAUUAAGUGUUCAUCUACCCUUAGGUAUAUCAAUUUAUUUUAGACCCUUUGAAGCGGAGAUCGUAACUUACACUUAAGAUCUAAUUUAACAUUUAUUAAUCAACAAAAUCUGAAAAAAUAAUAGUCUCAAACUAAUUUUUUCCCACGAUUACAGUAAUCAGCAAUGUAUACUAACUACAAAAUUCAACUUCCGCUAUAUUUAUCAGUAAAAAACAUAUAUUUUUUCUACGCUUUUACUUUUGAAACUGAAAAUCGGGUAACUGAUGCCUAUUCUUAUUUUAUAUACUUAUACACGGAACUGAGAAACCAAGUCAGAAUAUAUUUUAUCGACCUGUUUGUAUCUUAACACAAUCUAUUCCUAUUCUACUGUGGCAUGUUCCGAUCAUUUUGUUGUGCACUUCGUUUUCGAGGCACUCACUAGGGCGAGAUAUAUAUCAAAAUGAAAUUCCUUUUGUAUUUAACUUGUUUUUAAGCGAAACUCUUUUAAAUUUGUAUACUUUAAAUCCCUGAAUCCACGCUAUACAUAACAUUGUUAAUUAAUGCCUAUUUUUGGACAAUGCUCGCAUAUUGAAAAUAAACUUUUACCAAAACCAUAAA